AGGUAAUUGAAUGUGUGAAAAAGUGCUGGGGGAACCGUCCGGGGACAGAUCUCUCCGCCGUGAACAGCUUAACCAAUUGGGGGCAUCAAUCCGGGCUCAGUCACUUGGCGAAGUUCUGUGGAACCGGCAGCAUGCUUAACCUGCAGCCAACAUUGAAGGUGGAGAAUACCAAAUCCGCACCAGAUGUGGAGGUCGAUCCCAAUUCGACGGAGGAGAAUCAGUUGGACGCGAUCAUCGUUGAGAUCGGCCAGUUCGGUCGCUUCCAGAUCUCAAACUACCUGUUGCUCUGUCUGCCCAUCAUCUGCAACGCCUUCUACUCCAUUUCCUAUGUCUUCACCGCCGGGGAAGUCUCCUUCAGAUGCAACAUCACCCAGUGCGACGGCCUGGACACCGGGUACUAUGAACCCUUCCUCAACUUCACCACUCCGCUGCGCCACGGGGCUUGGGAUCAGUGCGAGCACUUUGCCGUGAUAUCGGAUCUGGAGGGAACCACUCCGUGUAAUGCCAACAGUUUCAAUGUAUCCCAUCAGGUCCCCUGCGAUGCGGGCUUCAAGAUGUUAGGGGACGAACAAACUAUUGCCAGUGAGUUCGGCAUCUUCUGCGCUGACCAAUGGAAGCUUUCGAUGGUGGGCACAGUCAACAAUAUUGGACAGUUUGUCGGUAUACCUCUAGGCGGUUAUUUGGCCGAUCGAUAUGGUCGAAAUUUCAUAUUGGUUGCCGCAGGAGUUCUAAGCGCCUUCGCAGGACUAGCUCGCUCAUUCGCACCAGAGUAUUACAGCUUUCUGAGUCUAGAGUUCCUUGACAUGGCGGUGGGCAGCACCCUGUUUCCUACCGCCUUCCUGCUGGCCGUGGAGCUGGUGGGACCUAAGCACCGUGUGGUGGCCGCCACCGGGAUCAGCCUAACCUACGGCUUGGCGGAGGCUCUCAUGGGCUACCUGGCCAAAUACCUGCGCAACUGGCGCCUCCUGCUGCGCGUGCUCUACGCGCCGGCGCUGCUGCACCUUACAUUCUACUGCCUGCUGCCAGAGAGCGUGCGCUGGCUGCUCAGCCAGGAGAAGGAGCUGGACGCCAAGGCCGCACUGCGGAGGGCGGCUCGGGUGAACCGGCGGGCCCUUGACGAGGAGAAGCUCAACGCUCUGGUGCGCUCGAACCGCCGGCUGGUGGCCCAGUCCUCCGCCAGCAGGGGUCAGUACAGCGUCCGCCAGAUCUACCAGGCCUUGGGUGGUCGCACCGCCCUGUGCUGCUUCGUGUGGUUCACCCACACCCUCAUCGCCUUGGGCCUCAGCCUGAACUCCACUCAGCUGAGUGGCAACAAGUUCGAUAAUUUCAUCAUGACGGGGUUCAUGCAGUUACCGGGCAUCCUGAUGGCCACCACACUCAUGAACUGGGUCGGACGGCGCUGGGCACUCUGCUCUUGCCAAUUCACCUGUGCAGCCCUCCUUCUGGCAGUGGCUGCCACGGAUGAUGCCUAUCCUUUGACCUCUUCGAUACUUUUCUUCCUGGCAAAAAUGACGUCCACGGGCAGCUUCAUGAUCCUGUACUUCUUCACAUCCGAGAUCUUUCCGACGAGCUGCAGGAACAGCAUGCUCUCCUUCUGCUCCAGUAUUGGUCGCUUCGGCUCCAUGCUGGCCCCCCAAACCACCUUGUUGAUUGAUCUCUACGAGUACGCUCCCCAUUUGCUGUUCGCUCUUUUUGGAUUUACCUGUUCGUGCCUCUCCUUGCUUUUCCCGGAGACAACCAACAAGGCGCUGCCCACAUCGCUGGCUGAGGCCCGUGCCCUGGACAAAAGUAUUCCCAAAGAAAACAAUUCGAAAAGUGCUGUUUAAUCGGAAUUGGGCACUAUCUAGUGUGAUUUUUAACGCUCGGCAAACAUGCAAGUCAAAAGUGAGCAAUUAAUUCCUAACCAAUUUAAGAAGGCAAUGAAAACUUUAACGGUAAGCUCAGUCGGUUUGAUAAGCGACUUAAAAUGCUUUUUUUCGAAGUCAAAAAUUAUGAUAGGCAAUACUUGUUAAAAAGCCUUAAGAGAAUUAAUAAAAAAAUAAUGUUUACCAUUUUAUGCCCCAA